AUGCAAGAACACUCUACGUUAGCAAACCUACAAAGAGUGGAAAGAGACGUCGAUAGGCGAAUGGAGUACCAUGGUGCUGAGUAUGACAGACAGUUUAGAAAGCAAGAGAGAAAAUACGGUCCUCCACAAGUUCAUGGCCGAGGAAGAGGUUAUUGCUUGAUGUUGGAGCUCUUAGAGUCACAAGCAAACCGGAAGUUGAUUGAGGAAUAUGAGCUGGAUAUCAAGAGAGCGCUCGCAACGCUCGAGGGUAAGACUAGAGUUGUUCCUGGAAUGAUUGACUUGCAGCCUGAAAUCCAAUGGUUCAUGAGACCAUUCUUGUUAGAUUUUUUGAUUGAAUUACAUACUUCGUUAAAACUUCAGCCUCAAACUUUGUUCCUCUGCCUUAACAUCAUAGACCGAUACUGUGCUAAAAGAAUAGUCUUUAAAAGACACUAUCAACUAGUCGGCUGCACAGCACUUUGGAUUGCUGGUAAAUAUGAGGACAAGAAGUCGCGAGUACCGACUUUAAGGGAGUUGUCAAUGAUGUGCAGAAAUGCUUACGAUGAAGAAAUGUUCAUUCAAAUGGAAAUGCAUAUCUUGGCUACUUUAGAAUGGUCUUUGUGCCAUCCGAAUUUGGAAGACUGCCUUCAACUUGCAAUCAGUACUUCCAAUAUCUCGUCCCAUGUUACACCAUGUAAAUAUAAUCCAACAAUUAAUGAUAAGUCAAGUUCCAUAAAUAAUGCAUCCAAAAUAUCAGCCGUCACUGCUGUUGGAAGAUUCCUUUGCGAAUUGUCCCUAUAUGAUAAGUUCUUCUUAUCAGUCCCUCCAUCACUUGUCUCAAUAACCGCUAAUUUACUAGCAUGCUCAAUGUUGCAAAUUCCAAAUGCUUCAGUUUCUUUGCAUGAACUAGGAAAAAGGUACCUAACUAGGAAUCUAGAUCAACUGGACAAGAUAUACUCAGAAAUUGAUGAGAACCAAGAAAACAAGGAGCCCGAAGUAAAUCAAGCAUUUUUAAGCGGUUUCGAUGAGCAUUCAUUUGAUAAUAUAAGGAAAAUUGCUUUAAUGUUUAUAAUUCAACUUAGCAAAGUUACUGAGGUAUUGACAAAAAAAUACGAGGAACUAGGUGUUGUCCAAGUGGUCAGUAAUUUUAAUAACAGAUUUGCUCUUGCUAUCUCUACUAUUUAUGAAAAUAGUGCUUUAAUUAUCGAGAAAUCUGCUUCUGACUUAGAAUCGUCAAGACUAAGCAGUAUAGCUGAUUUGCUUCUUCAAAUCGAGCAAAGUGACCUGGAAAGACAUACAGAACCUCCGGUUCCUUUGACACCACCAUCUGCAACUUCGCAGUAUUCAAUAUUUUCGAGCACAAGACUGAUUUCAGUAUCCGCCACUCCGAUACAGACAUCAGUUUAUUCAAAACGAGCUGAUUCUAGAGAUGACUUCUCACCCAUGCAAGAUUCAGAGAAUUGGACCUCGCCUAUUUCGGUCAACAAAAUGCAUGUUUAG